ACGCAAGAAAGAAAAAAUGCAAAGGAAGAGUUUAGAAGGAAACCUAGCAUAGAUAACUAAAUAUACAGUGCGUCUAUAUAUAUAUUUCGUUUGACGGUAUCAAGUUCAGUUCGAAUCACGAAGUUCACAAGAUCGGAAGAUAUUUGUGGUGAAAAAUAUUCUUUCAAAAUGACUCUCUUAACGCCAUAUUGGAGUCUGGAUAUCCUCAUCGUUUCCUCAUCCUUGAUGAUAGCCGCUUACUUGUUCAUGACUCGAAAAUUCAAAUAUUGGUCGAAAAAAGGCGUUAUGGAGAUUACUCCUACGCCCUUCCUUGGCAACUUUGGAGAUUGCUUAUUGUUAAAGAAAUCAGCUUCAGAAUUUAUAAAGGAGUUGUACGAACAAAGCGAAGGAUUGCCUUUCAUGGGUUUUUAUAUUUUCGACAAACCAUUCUUGUUAGUUCGUGAUCCUGAACUCAUAAAACAUAUCUUGGUGAAAGAUUUUAAUAUAUUUGCGGAUAAAUUCGCGUCAACGGAUAGUAAAAAUGAUCGUAUCGGAUAUUCAAAUCUGUUCAUAAUGAAGAAUCCCGCAUGGAAAUAUCUCAGAACGAAACUUACGCCGAUCUUUACCUCGGGCAAGAUAAAAAAAAUGUUCGAUCUAAUGUUGAUGAUCAGUAAAAAUCUGGAGAAUCAUCUGGAAUCGUUGAAUUUGGAUGGCAAUGGAAAAGUAAUAGAAUUCAAGGAUCUUUGCGCGAACUUCACCACUGAUUUGAUCGCUAGCACUGCGUUUGGAGUGAAUUUGAAUUCAUUGAAGGAUCCGAAUGCCGAUUUCCGUGUAUACGGAAGAAUUAUCUUCGAUUACAAUAUUAAACGUGCCAUAGAUUUCCUUUCAAUAUUCUUCGCCCCUUAUUUGACGAAAUAUCUGUCUGUAAAAUUUUUCGGAAAAGCGACCAAUCUUCUCCGAAAUGCUUUUUGGAACGUGAUCAACGAACGAAUCGAAUCGAAUGUGAAACGGAACGAUCUUAUCGAUUGUCUGAUCGAAUUGAGAGAGAAACACAAGGACGAACAAAUCCAUGAUUUCAAAUUCGACGGUGAUGAUUUAGUAUCUCAAGCGGGUGUAUUCUUCACCGGUGGAUUCGAAACAUCCUCCACCACCAUAUCUUUUACAUUGUACGAAUUAGCAUUGAAUCAAGAGGUACAAAAAACUCUCAGAACCGAGAUUCACGAGGCUUUAACGCAAACUGAUGGAAAAAUCACGUAUGAUAUGAUAACAAACCUACCGUAUUUGGAUAUGGUAAUUUCGGAAACUCUUCGCAAAUAUCCACCUCUAGGAUUUUUGGAUCGAGUCGCUCUUCAGAAUUAUAAAAUACCCAAUUCUGAUGUGACGUUAGAGAAAGGUACUCCUAUCUACAUUCCUAUGAUAGGUUUGCACUACGAUCCCAAAUACUUUCCAAAUCCAGAAAAAUACGAUCCGCUCAGAUUUUCCGAAAAUGUUAAAAAGUCCAGGCCAAAUUUCGUAUACAUGCCCUUCGGUGAGGGACCUCACAUUUGUAUCGGUAUGCGAUUAGGACUGUUACAAUCGAAGCUUGGAAUUAUUGAAAUAUUGAAAAAUUAUGAAAUUACACCGUGCGAGAAAACAAGAAUCCCGAUGGUUCUGGAUCCCAAAGGACUUACAACCACAGCAUUAGGAGGAUUAUACCUAAAUAUACGAAAGAUCACAAUCGCGGGUGGUUAAAUUCUUACCAGUUGCAGAAUCUAUUUCAUUUUUUAGUUUUAUUACGUUUGUAAUAUUUUUGAUUUAUUGUUAUUUUAUUUUUAAUAAGUUUUAUUUUUCGAUCAAUUUGAAAAAAAAAAAAACUAACGUAAUAUUAAUUUUAAAGAAGAAGAUCGUAAAGAUGUCGAUUAUUCAAACGAAAGUAUUCAAAUGUGUAAAAUUUUAAUUUAUGUAUCACUGUGGGGAGAAGAGAAUAUAACAUGUACGCAGGGGGACAGA